AUAGCGUCAAGCUCCUAAGUUUCGGGGGUAACUUAUCUGGAGGAGGAAGCCUGAGUGGGGUCAUGAUAUCAUGGAUGUCGUCACUCAGCAGCUUCAAAUUCUCAAGGUCAUUUAGUACUUCUAAGUUAUCGAAAUUCAUAGUGGCAAGUAUCCCCCGAAUGCCUAAUUUCUUGAGGCGAUGUGCCCGCACAAACAAGUCGAGGGUGCAAUCGCCCGUAAUUGACGCGUUUGUCCUCAAGUCUCUCAGCUGGACCAUCGACCUCCAAAUAUCGGCUUUGAUUGCCAAAGUACGAGACGAUGUAUGGAUUACGAGAGUCAUCAUGUUGCUUAGCCUGGAAACGGCUUUCGGAAGGACUUUGAAGUCACUAGAGAGGACCACGUACUUGAGAAGCACGAUCAACCCGAGUGGGAAUAUUCUGAACACGAGGGGCUUCACAUGUAAAACCCUCACCAACUCGAAGGCCCCCGGGAUUUUCGGGAUGUCCUCUGUCGGCAAGGCGAUUUCUUCUCCGGAGAAAGAAAGGAAAGAACGAGUGGCUGGGGCGUACGGCUCUGUAGAGAAGAAUUCCAGGACCUUGGAA